AUGUGUACGACAAUACUUGUCAAAGGACCGUGCUGGUGUAAGGGCAAUAAUGGCAGGAAAGUCAUCCUGAGGGAAUAUGAAGAAAAGUGCAACAAUGUGAAGGAUGGAGGCUCGCACGAUGAGUAUGAGCGACUUUAUCUGGGCGUAAUCCCAAAAAUUGAAGAAGACACUUGCGAUAAGUGCCCUGAUUUGAGAAGGGAAGCGCAAGAAAGGGAAUGGGAGGAGCGCAAGGAGACAAUCAAGGAGACAAUCAAGGAGGAUACUAAGGAGGCAAUCAAAGAAGCUACCAAGGAGGCAAUCAGAGAAGCUACUAAGGAGGCAAUCAGAGAAGCUAUCAAGCUUCCCAUCAAAGUCGUUCUCGCAGAGUUCAUCGAGGACGCAAUUGCUGAUUAG